CGUGGCACCUUUAGUUGUGAGGCAGAGACUAUGUUAUCCAAACGAGUAGUGUUGCUGCUAGCUGCGUGCCUGGUCUCCAUAGCAGAAGCCGCGCUCUGGCCGGCGGCAGCCGACUCCCACCAAUCUCCGCUCACUCUCUCGCGAGCGGGGGCCGUCAACCAGUUCCCUGACGGCUUCAUGCUGGGCGCAGCCACCGCUGCCUACCAGAUCGAGGGCGGCUGGGACGCCGAUGGAAAGGGUGAGAGCAUAUGGGACCGGAUGUUGCACGAACAUCCAGAAUACGGCACCAACGGCGACAACGGGGAUGUGGCCUGCGACUCGUAUCACAAGUAUGCGGAGGACGUACAGGCUCUGAAGAAUUUGAGUGCAAACGUGUACCGAUUCUCCAUAUCAUGGCCACGAAUUUUACCAAACGGGGAUACCGAUGUUAUUAACCAGGCAGGCAUCGACUACUAUAACAAUGUCAUCAAUCUGCUUUUAGAAAAUGAGAUUCAGCCGCUGGUGACAAUGUAUCACUGGGAUCUUCCUCAAGCGCUGCAGUAUAUUGGCGGAUGGCCAAAUUCCAUUCUAGCGGACUACUUUGUCGAAUACGCGCGGGUGCUCUUCGAGAACUUUGGCGACAGGGUGAAGUUCUGGAUAACAUUCAACGAGCCUCCGGCGAUUGUGAGCGGUUACGCCAACCAGGGCGGGGCUGCACCCAGCCAGCCCGCUCCAGGCAUCGGAGACUACCUGGCGGCCCACACGCUCAUCAAGGCGCAUGCGCGGGUCUAUCACAUGUACCAAGAGCAAUACAAGGCCUUGCAGCAAGGAUACGUGGGCAUCACGCUUAAUUGUGACUGGUACGAACCAGUGACCAACUCAACUGAAGACGUAGAAGCAGCCGAGCGCGGCAUUCAGUUCAUGAUGGGACAUUACGCGCACCCCAUCUACAGUGAGGAGGGCGACUACCCUCCUGUGAUGCGGCAGAGGGUGGACGCCAACAGCGCCGCAGAGGGGAGGCCACGCUCCAGGCUGCCUUCUUUCACCAGUGAGGAAGUCGCCUACAUCAGGGGAACGUCCGACUUCUUCGGUCUCAAUCACUACUCGACGCUGCUCGCUACAUCCGGAGAGACUGGCAGCGUUCCGUCCAAGGAACACGACUCAGGCGUCAUCAGCUACGGUGACGACUCUUAUCCUCAAGGAUCCGCUAGCUUUGUCAGGGUAAUCCCAUGGGGUUUCCGCAAACUUCUCAACUGGAUUGCAGCUGAAUACCCAGGAUACCCCAUAAUCGUGACAGAGAACGGCUACCCAGACUGGGGCGGUCUGGAUGACAAAAAUCGCACCAGCUACUACACGAGUUACCUAGCAGAAAUGUUGAAAGCAAUCAAUACUGAUGGCAAUAACGUAAUUGGUUACACGGCUUGGAGUCUACUUGGCAACCUGGAAUGGUCCUCUGGCUUUACCAUUAAAUUCGGCCUGUAUCAGGUCGACUUCAACGACACUGAGCGACCCAGGACAGCGAAGGACUCGGUGCAGACUAUAUCUCAGAUCUACUCUAACAAGGAGUUGCCCAUAGAGUACUUCCCAUGAUAACAUGUACAUGGCUUUUAUAUGCUUCAAAAGACAAUGUAAUGCAACAGCAAAGAUUAAAAGGCAUAAACUUUGUACAUGAUUGUGGGUCUACGGCACACAACUCAUAUUCUAUAUAAAUAAAAUAAAAAUAAAUAAA